AUGUCGACAUCUUUUACUACCACAGCCCUGGUCCUGGGUAUUUUAAACCUCAGCGGCAUUUCCGAGGCUCAAUCUUUCAACUGGGCCAACACCAAAUCCGUUGUUUCCUUCGGCGACUCAUAUUCCUACAUCCUGGGCACAGCUGGCAGUCCUAACCCACUACAUGAGGGUUUUCUUGCACAGCUUCAUAAACUUCUGCAUCAAAUCGUGCUCAAUGGGGUUAUAGGCACAGCAGAGGGCGGUCCAAACUGGCUUGAGUUCUUGACGGGCUGUGCGACUAGCAACGGACAAUACUCGCCCGCGAACUGCCCUAGAAAACUCUGGGACUUUGCCUUCUCAGGUGCCUCAGUGAGCGAGCAGUUCCUUCCGCGCCAUCUCUCGGUGACCAUACCGCUGGUGAACCAGACGCAGCAGUACCUGAACUACGCGGACGCUAUCCUGACCAACACACCGGUCAACCUGAGCCGCAGCAGCACGCUCGUGGCCAUCUGGAUCGGCAUCAACGACAUCUUCGACAGCAAGACGUACAAGCCCAGCGGGAGGUCGGACGCGUCCUUCUGGGGCGCGGAGCUGGACGUUGUCUUCAACACGUGCGCCAAGUCGCUGUACGCGCGCGGCUUUCGCAACUUCCUGUUCAUGAACCUGCCGCCCAUCGACCGCACCCCCGCGAACCAGCGCAGCUCGACACCCUACCCGACCAAGUCGCAGGUCAACCUUUGGGACUCGCUACUGGCGUCCAAGGCGAACACGUUCCAGUCGGCUAACGCGGGAUCCAAGGCCAUGGUGUACGAUGCCAACACGUUCCUGAACAACGUCAUGAGCAACCCCAGCGCGUACGGCAUCACGAACACGGCGACUUACUGUUCUGGCUGGCAGCAGCAGGAUGUGCUGACCAAUCCCGGCAAGUAUGGCUGCGUACCCCAGAGCAGGUAUUUCUGGUACAACGCUGCACACCUGUGAGUAUUUCUAGUCUCGUCGGAUCUCAUACCGAUGAGCUGACCCAAAUUUUAGGACGUCGAAUGUACACAAGAUCUUUACGACGAACUUGGUGAACUUCCUGAACUCUCAAUCAUCAUGAUGCUGUAUAGUAGUGUCAACCGGGCGUUUGUGGCGGUGUCAUUGUCAUUCCAAGGUAAGGCUUUUGUGAGUCAUCAGUUUAGUUAAGUGGUGAUAAUAUUAUAUGUGUACAUAUAUCUUUCUGGAAAUCGCGGGACUAUAGCUUGCUUCAUUCGGUGUGGUGUAUAGUGUAAAUUGCGUAGUUGGUAUAUAGGUAGUUAUUUUGUCCCUUUGUCAAGGUCUUUUCUUU